CACAUCUCCCAGGGGGCUGCGCGGUGUUUUGGAUGAUGCGAGCGGCUCCAGACAUGUCUCCUGCGGAUCGUAUAAUCUAAAGGCGGAUUAAAGACAGCGCCUUGUAAUCAUGUCAGUGUCCGCGGCCCGGCAUUGACAUUCUGUCCGCUCCUCCCUAUUGCCGCCGGAUAAUAUUGUAGCAGCCGGGCCGGGCCGGGUCAGGUCAUUACCCCGGCUUCCACCACGGAACCCGCUCGGGCUCGGGCUCGGGCCUACGUUGUUUAUAUUCCGUUCGUUUGGUUUUCAUUUAAAGUUAAGUUUUGCUGGGGGGGGGGAAAUAAACUCGAACUUUGGACACAUCGUCUGCAAAAGAUGGCGGAUACCAAAUCCAUUUACGAGAGAAGAUUUGAAGCUGCUGUCAGUGUUAUUCAGAGUUUGCCUAAAAACGGUUCAUUUCAACCAUCAAAUGAGCUUAUGCUGAAGUUCUACAGUUAUUACAAGCAAGCAACCUUGGGACCUUGCAACACCACUAGGCCGGGGUUCUGGGAUCCCAUUGGCAAGUACAAAUGGGAUGCCUGGAAUUCACUGGGGGACAUGCCCAAAGAAGCAGCCAUGAUUGCUUAUGUUGAUGAAAUGAAACAGAUACUUGAAUCUAUGCCGAUGACUGAGGAAGUAGAAGAACUACUUUGCGUUAUUGGACCUUUCUAUGAACUUGUGGAUGACAAGAAAAAAUCACAAUCACCAUAUGCAAUCUCGGCAGGCCGUUUGGAAAAAGUGGUUAAGUCACUUGAAGAUCUUGGCAAUGUUCUUAGUUCACCAAAGAAUUGUAAUAAAAUGAAUGGAAAAGUUGAAGGCAAUGAUAGUGGCGCAGAAUCGGAACAGGGGGAAGAUGAUGAAGAUGAAACAGAUAAUGAUCUUGAAGCUGACAAUGAUGUAAAUAAGGUCACGUUGGGAGCACCAAAUGCAGUAGAUGAAAUUGAAGGAGAUGCAGGUGUAUUUCUGCCACACCUUGAAGGGCUGCUGGGGUCCGUGGACGGAUGUGAGGGAGGUAGUGUCGGGACAGUGGUAAAUGAAGUGGUGAAACUGACAACCAUAACACAGGAAACAGCAGAUGUGAAAUUAGAAGAUGUGAAACCAGAACCUGUAACCUUCCAAAACAUCGAGCUAGCAAAUGUGUGUGUCCAAAAUGGGUUUCCAGAUCCCAAGUCUACUCUAAAACCAGAGGAUGGAGAGGAAGAAAAGGAAAUAAUAGUUGAUAGCAUACAACAGCUGGCAAUGAAUGGCGAAAUAGAUGGUGUGGAGGACCAAUGUGAUGAGCAUUCAGGAACUCAGCACCUGGCAAGUGAUUCAGAUAGUGAGGUUUUUUGUGAUUCAAUGGAACAGCUGGGCAUUGAUGAGAUUUUGGGAGUUGACUGCAGAGUCCAUGAAAAUUUGAACAAUUCUCAGAUUAUCUCAACAUUUGAACAGAGUCAGUUUUUAAACAACCAAAGCAGUUGCAAAACAGAUUUGGAAUGUUCUGUAAAAUCUCACAGGAAUCCUGGAGUAAAAAUGCCACAAGAUUUGGGAAAAGGUGGUGUUACCCACGGGGGUGAAGAUACAAAAUCAAGUGGAAGUGGUCAUCAGAGAGACAAAGUAACUAGCAAAAGACCUGAGUUUCAUAUGUCCAGCAGAGGUCGAGGAAACAGAAGUCAACAAUUGGGGGAGGGUUUUCGGCUCUCACAGUUCGGCAACGGCGGUGACCAGGAGCGAAAAGGGUCGGAGCAGAUAGAAAAAGGCAAUGUAAACGAACAGAUUGCAGUAGCGGUCGUCAGGCUGCAGGAAGAUAUGCAGAAUGUGUUGGAACGCCUUCAUAUUUUGGAAACAGCAGCAGCUGCUAGGGCCAAGUCAGAAAAUGCCCAGCCAGAUUCUGCCCAAUGUAGAAAUGCUAAGCGUCCAGUCUGGUGGCCUUUCGAUGUGUCCGGUCGCACUAUAGCUUUUGCAAUUCUUUGGCCUUUCAUUGUGCAGCUCUUGGUCCACUUUUAUUUUCAAAGGAGGAAGAGAAAACCGAAAUAGGUAUUCACCUGGGAACGCAAAGAUGCUCUUUAACACUACAAACACGUGGAAACCAUCUAAACAAACCACCUAUGCAUUCAGCAGUAUUUAAUCUUCAUUUUGCUUUAAUACUACCAUGAAUGGAUACGAUAUAUAACCAAAUCUUUUGGUACUACUGAUACUUGAACCAAAUAAUUACAUUAAUUGUGGAUGAAUUUAAUAAUUGUUGUAUUUUGAUUUUUGCUGGCAUAAUAAACACUGUAUCGACUGACCAUUUAACUGCUUGAGGUAUAACUAAAAUGGAGUUUAAAUUAUAAAAAAAUAAUUUUCCAAUGUUUGUAGCUAGAGGCCAGUCAAUAAAAAUUACAGUACAUCAACAGAGUUCUUGAUCUAUGUCAUUAAUGAGCUAAGAAGUAAAUGCCAAGUCUUUGACUUGCCUACUGAGCUAACAUUCUUCAAUGUUCCCUCAACCCCCACUUCCAAACAUUUCCCCAGUCCCAUCCAUUAGUAUUUGAGAUAUUGCAAUGCUACUUAAACAAUGAAAUAUUAUAUUAAGCAACUUUGGACAUGAGGUGCAAACAGGUAUAUCAUAAAACCAAGUACUUUCUUUCCUUUUUAUGAUCAGUUCUCAGAUCAAAAACAGUUGCUAGAUAAGCAGUACUGGUGAUGUGGAUUUUUGUAAUUGCUGAAUCAAUUAUCAGUUUAUUUGAAUUAUUUGUUGGAUGUCUUGUCAAUUGUUUUACUUUUAUUUAAAGGCCAUAUGUAGUAAACUGCUUUAUGGCAGCAUAAAUUUGAUUAUGUAAUUGGGCAUUUAAUGUACUCAGGAGAUAGUGUUUACAUGUCCUUUCUAAUGCAUGUAACUUUAUUUAACUGUAAACUGUGAAGUCCAUUGUCAUUGCUGUUAAGUUGUACAAAUUAGACUGAAACAAAGUGCAAUAUUUUUCAAUUGCAUUGUUAAAAUUGCAAAUUGUAGAAAAGUUAUCUAAUGGAAAUUUACUACUUAUUUUAAAAUGACUUACAAUAAUUAAUUAAAUAAAGCACACUUAUUACAAGCAUUUUUAUGAUUAUUAGUUCUGCCAAAAUCUUGGGCCCAUUUAAGAAAACAAUUAAGCAUGGAAAAGUCAUAGAUUAUAGCUUGAAGCACAAUAAAGAAUAUUUUUUACCAUGAGC